AGAUACAGCUGUAUUCGCCAAAAAAAAAAAAAAGAUACAGCUCUAUUCCACCACAAAACCAAAACAAGAACCACCGUUGGAUCUUCCUUCUCUUUCCUCUUUCUCUUUCCCCUUCCUUCUCCUUCCUCUUCCUCCCCUACGGAUCUAACCGGAAACAACCACCCAAAACUAAAACACAGUCGUCUUGUGCUCCGACCCGGAAAAGCGGGCGAUUUGACCCGCUCCCGCUCCAGGUAAACCCGGCCGCGAAACCCGCUAUUGACCCGCUUUUCCCUAACGCGCGAAUCGGUAGCGCCCUGAUGCGGUAGGCUGUUUUUGGCCGCUCCGCGCCGGGAGCGGCCGCUAUUAACAACAGAGGUUUUGUAUUGGCAAAGUUGUUGAAAAUGUCUGACCUUACAUUUCGAGUUGGGGAAACAAUCGAGUCAAAAACAUUUAUAACUGGUUAUCGUGGUGCAUGGUUCAGGUGCAAGAUUGUAAAGAUUGGCAAGAAAGAUGGUGUGGCAUCCUAUUCUUUGGCAUAUCCUGACUACCCUGAUCAAAAGAUAAGUCAAAUCAAGGUGUAUCAAAUUCCCUCUCAUAUUACCAAGUCAAAGGCAUCCAAAAAGGAAUUGAUGGUGCGACCUCCCUUUCCUACCAUCUAUCGUGAAAGUGAAAAGCUUGAUGUCAAUGCCUUCUCAGAAGUGAUAGUUAUUGUUAAUGACGAAUGGAAGGUUGGGGAUUUGGUAGAUUGGUUUUCUGAUGGUUGCUAUUGGUGUGGAAAAGUGACUGAAGUAUUUGGAAAUGAUAAAGUUCAGAUUGAUUUGCUACCACCUCCGCUGGGUGAAGGGUCAUCGUAUGAAGCUUUAACCAAGGACCUGCGCCCUUCUUUGGACUGGAGCCCAGAGAAAGGUUGGACUGUGUGUAUGCCUACGGAGGAAGGAUGCAGGUGUCCUGCUCGAAUAAUGAAUCCAGCAAGUUCAGAUGGAUCAGUGAACGUUGGUCAGUCUUCAUACAGAACCGUGGAGAGGAGAGAGCAACGCAGCUCUGUUGGAAACAGUGUGGAUAUUGAGGAAGCUGGCAGUAAAAGUGGAGGAACUAGUAUUUCAAGCUCACAUAUUAUGGAUGCAUCAAUUGAGAAUUUUGAAAGGACUGCCUCAAACAGUCGAUGUAAUGAUGACGACUAUCCUGCUAAGAAGAUGAGAAGCAACCUUAGCCUUUGUCUGAAUUCCAUGUCUUCGAAUACAAUGGAGUCAGCAAUUCUGGACUUGGAAGAACUUGUAAAUAAGAUUAAAUGGUUAAGAGCUGUGUUGAAGUCUGAGGUGCCUUUAUCAGGUGCCAAACGCCCAUCUUGGGAAUUUUUGCAGCAUCAUGCGUCAUGCAUAUAGUUAUUUUUUUUUCUUUCUCUAACAAAUGUAAGACCUCAGUGUACAAUCUGAUGUUGUAGAUAGUGCCUUGUGUGGUUUUGCCAAAAUUGCGGCGAGUCACCAUGAUUUUGCAAAAGCUACACUUUGUUGCUUUUGCAAAAUUAACUCACCGUGAAUUCAAACAUCCACAUAGGGGUCUCAUUUUUGGUUUCAGGCAUGUGUAUUUUGCCUAUUUUGUAUCAUUUGGCUUUGAGAAACGAUAUUUGAACAAUCAUUUUUUACAACUUUUUUGACAACUUUCUCUCAUAUUCA